CAUUAAUUAAAGUGUACAUUCGAAGUCAUGUCAUAUAAAAUAUAUGAAAAAUUCAUAAAUAAUAUUGGAAAAAUUUUAUUUUGUACGCAAAACAUUUACAUCAGUGAAAAAGCUACAUAUGUGUAUAAAUUACCCAGGAUGGCUGCUAAAAACCGUUUCCUAGGAUGUAGAGCGGUGUUGCUGCCAAUAACACUUGCGCUGAUUCUACUUUUGCGUAUGGACAAUAUGUUAACAGCACUUCAGUUACAUGAAGCCGAAAAAUUUCAAAACCAACACCUACCACAACAAAAAUAUUCCUCUAAUCUUGAUUCACAUUACACUUACGGUUCCUUGUCUGAUAACAGAGAUGUGCUUGGGGAUAUUGUUAACGAACACUUUAUAUUACCAAUGGAUGUAAUGAACAUAAAAGAAUUAAAUGAAAGAGAACGCCUUAAACGAUGCAUUUCCUUUAAAUAUGGUCUAAGCGAAACACUAGAACUAGAGGAACGUGAUAUUAUGAAAGAUGCGCGUACAUCUUUCUUACCGCAAGAUACAACAUCAAUACCAAGUGAAUGUCAAGGUAAAUUAAGUUCAGUUAAACUUGAAUCUAAUUUUGUAAAUAAUUUGCUUGAGCAAAUGCUGCGACGUUCCCGCCGCACCUCCGAUAACACAUCAAAUAACGGCAAAUUCAAUUUCAACACUCGUGAAACUGCAAACGAACAGAAUUCAUUUAGUGGAGAAGACGCACAACUUUUUGGCUCCACUUCGGCAUUACAAACAUUUUGGAAUGAGGAAGGCACAAAAGAAACUAUACGUGCAGCACAAGCUAAAACAAUGAAAAAAUAUAUAGAUAGUCGCAUCAAUCCGUGCUCAGAUUUCUAUAAAUAUGCCUGUGGAAAUUGGGAGCGUUUGCAUCCCAUUCCAAAAGAUAAAGCUGGUUUUGACACUUUCGAAAUGUUACGGGAAAACUUAGAUGUCGUAUUACGAGAACUGUUAGAAUCCAAAGAAUCUUCAGAAACAACUUUAGAUCAAAAGAAAGUUGUAAAUAUCAAAAACAACAAUUAUGGUCAUGAUUCUCAUGCCCAUGCAGAUAUUAUUAAAUCUACUAGAUCUGUAUCUAGUGCAGCUGUGGUAGAUAAAAGAGGUUCAAAAUCAUUGGAUCAGUUAGAAAAGCAACUGCAAGUAAAAUCUUCGAAACUCCGUCGACAUAUCAUACAACGAAGACAUGCUUUAAGUGUAGUACUGCGACGCUACAAACGCCAAAAGGCCGCAGCAAAUAAAAGGAAACGUAUAAAUAAAGACGUGAGUCUCGGCGAUAUUUCGCUUGAGGAUGGUAACAGCUCAGAAUAUAUAGAUUCAAACGAAGCGCCAAUAAAAGCAAAAUACCUCUAUCAAUCCUGUAUAAAUACAAAGCUUCUAGGUAAGCGUGGGAUUAAACCUCUCUUAAAAUUGAUUGAUAGUCUUGGAGGUUGGCCUGUACUAAAUCCUAGUUGGAAUCCCCAACACUUUGAUUGGUUAAAUUUAACUGCACAACUUCGACGAUAUAACAACGAUAUACUCAUCGUAGAAUGGGUAGGCCCAGAUAUUAAAAACUCAGACGAAAAUAUCAUACAGUUUGACCAGACUAGUCUAGGACUGCCGACACGUGAAUAUUAUCUUCAAGAUAUGAACGCACGUUAUUUGAUGGCUUACCAGUUAUUUAUGUCUGAAAUAAUGCAAAAAUUAGGGGCAUCUCGUGAUCGAGCUAUCAAAACGGCCACAGAUGUUGUGGGUUUCGAAACACGUCUCGCAUCAAUAACAGCACCUGCUGAGCAACGUUUGAAUGUCACUAAAUUGUACAAUCGCAUGACGUUAAAUCAAUUGCAUAAAGCGGUACCAGAGAUUAAUUGGUUGCGCUACCUUAGUAUCCUACAAGAUCGAAAUGUACGAGACUCUGAAGAGGUUGUCAUUUAUGCUUUAGAAUAUAUGAACGAUCUUGUUGGUUUAUUACGUACAAGUGAUCCUACAACUAUAUCAAAUUAUUUACUUUGGCGUUUUGUACGACAUCGUAUUAAUAAUGUUGACGAUCGUUUCGAGGAUACUAAACAAAAAUUUUAUCACUCCUUAUUUGGGCGAGAAGAGAGUCCGCAAAGGUGGAAGGUUUGUAUUGCACAAGUAAAUACCAAUAUGGGUAUGGCUUUAGGGUCAAUGUUUGUUCGCAAAUAUUUUGACGAAAAUAGCAAAAGGGAUACACUUAAAAUGACACACGAACUGCAGCAAGCUUUCCGCGAAAUACUAAAGAGCACAGAUUGGCUGGAUUUGAGUACAAAGCAUUUAGCCGAAAUUAAAGUCAACGCAAUGUCGCUGAAAAUUGGAUAUCCCGAUUUUAUAUUAAACCCAAAAGAACUCAACGAAAAAUAUGCAGGCAUACAGAUACAUCCGGAAAAGUAUUUUGAAAAUACUCUACAUGUGCUAUUGCACACGGCCAAAACAGAACAGAAUAAGAUACAGGAGACUGUAAAUAAGACGGCGUGGCAGACAGCGCCAGCAAUUGUGAAUGCUUAUUACAGCCGAAACAAGAAUCAAAUUAUGUUUCCUGCUGGUAUACUGCAACCACCCUUUUACCACCGUCAUUUCCCGCGUUCGCUAAAUUUUGGUGGAAUUGGUGUUGUAAUUGGGCAUGAGCUCACCCAUGGGUUUGACGAUAAAGGCCGGCUUUUCGACCGCAAUGGUAGCAUACACAAGUGGUGGACAGAUUCCUCAAUCAAAGGAUUUGACGAACGAGCGCGUUGUAUAAUAGCCCAAUAUAGCAACUAUACCGUAGGGGAAGUUGGCAUAUCCCUAAAUGGGGAGAGUACCCAAGGUGAAAAUAUCGCUGAUAAUGGGGGCUUACGUCAAGCUUUCCAUGCCUACAAAUCAUGGUUGAGGAACAAUCCACAGGCUGCAGCCGAUGAACGUCUCCCCGGAAUAGAAAUGACUGGCGAACAGCUUUUCUUUCUCAACUUUGGACAAGUAUGGUGUGGUGCCAUGCGGCCUGAAGCUGUGCGAAAUAAGCUAAAUACAGCUAUACAUAGUCCUGGCCGAUUCCGAGUUAUUGGUACUCUUUCGAAUUCAAGAGAUUUCGCAAGGGAAUUUAAAUGCCCUGAAGGUUCCCCUAUGAAUCCUGUACACAAAUGCAGCGUUUGGUAACAAUACAAUUUGUGAAAACAAACGUUUUCGGUGGACAAUAAAAGAAUUUCAUAGUUAUAGUAUUAGAAGUCUUGAUUUGUGUUUAGAUAUAUUCUCGAAUUUCGUUAACUGUAAUGUGAUUUAUUUUUGGUUCUACCAAUACCAACUAACUAAAAUUGUCACACGUAAUUAAAUAAAUCAAAAAAUGGAAAUUUUUAA